CGCAGGUCUCAAGUUGCAAUCAAGGAGGAGCUGAGAAUCCUUCGGGGCCCGUGUUGGAACCUGCUGCACAAAUAUAAAGAGCUGCCUCUCCAUAACAAGGAAAGAGUGAAUCACAGGUUUCGAGGAGGAGUCGAAAGGAGCGCACCGUGCACACACCAAAAACGGACAGCAGCUCAUAUCAUUUAGCAUAGUAGACUGGAAACCAAUUUGGUCUCACAUGAUUUUAAAUGUUCUGUUGCAGUUUUUUUUGGAAAUUACUUUUUUUUAUUUAAAAAGUAUUAGUUCACCUGAGUAUAAGACCUAUACUUGUGUUUUGUAAUUGACUCAGUAGAAUUAGUUAUUUUUUAAAAAAAAGUUUCAGAGAGGGGAGCUAAGCGCCGCAGCCAACAGUCUGCUCCAGUGCAGGGUUCAAGAAUGGCGGCGUUAAUUAGUGCGUACUCUUCUUGGCCGGAGAGCUUCGAGUGCUCUGCGGGAGAUGGAGACGUCCCUGACGGACACACCUCCCACAGAGGUUCUGUUGACAAGACCUCGGAACCGCGCAUCAGGAGACCCAUGAACGCUUUCAUGGUGUGGGCCAAGGAUGAGCGAAAGAGGCUAGCCGUUCAGAAUCCUGACCUUCACAAUGCAGAACUUAGCAAGAUGCUUGGAAAGUCCUGGAAGGCUCUGACCCCACCGCAGAAGCGGCCGUACGUGGAGGAAGCAGAGCGUCUGCGGGUGAAGCACAUGCAGGACUACCCCAACUACAAGUACCGGCCACGCCGGAAGAAGCAGCUGAAGCGCAUCUGCAAGCGCGUGGACCCCGGCUUCCUCCUGGGCGGCCUUGCCCCUGACCAGAACGCUCUGCCGGACCCGCGCAGCUGCUGUCACCCGCUGGACAAGGACGACGACGGAAGUGGCGGUGGUGUCAUCGGAGGCAGCGGCGGUGUGGGAGGAGGGUUCUCGUCACCGUCCCUCCCCGGGAUGAGAGUCUUCCGGGAUGCGGCCGGCUCUAACAGCAGCUUUGACACCUACCCCUAUGGCCUACCCACGCCUCCGGAGAUGUCCCCCCUGGAUGCGGUGGAGCACUCCGAGCACCCAUCCUUCUAUCCGGCCUCUGUGCCCGUGAGCUCCAGCGGCUCCUGUCCCCCGUCCUCCUCAGGCGCGCCGUGCUCCGAUGACCGCCGCCUGGGCCCGGCCCACCUGACCAGCCCGCCGCCCUACCACCCAGACUAUUCCCAACAGGGUCCACCACCUCCCCCUCCCCACCACUGCGGCCCCCACAUGGGCCACCACCACCACAUGUCCAUGUCCCACCAGCUCCCCUACUACGCCUCCUCCUUCCCCCAGAUCCAGAUCCACCACCACGGGCUGCAGGGCCACCACCUGGGCCAGCUCUCCCCGCCACCUGAGCAGGGUCAGCUGGAGAGCCUGGACCAGUUGAGCCAGGCCGAGCUCCUGGGCGAGGUGGACAGAGACGAGUUCGACCAGUACCUGAACUCCAACUCUGCCGCCACUGCUAUGGCUGGCGGUGGCUACCACCACGGCGGGGAGCAGGGCGCCAUGACUGUGACGGGACACAUCCAGGUGACGGCUGCUUCCGCUUGCUCUAGCAGCACCACAGAGAGCAGUCUGAUCUCUGUGCUGGCGGACGCCACCGCUGCGUACUACAACAACUACGGCAUCUCCUAAACAUAAACAAAACACAACACUGGACUCAAUACCAUGAGCAGUGGGUUCAUCGGGACAGGUCUGAUAUGAGACUACCAGCCUGAACGGCUGACAAACGAGGCGAGGACGUGGAGACCAGAGGGGGAGAUGGACAAAGACAGGUCGAAGGUCAUCUCAGGGAUAAACAGACAGUUUCUCAAAUUUAAUGUUAUUGUUCCAAAAAAAGAAUAAGUGAAGAGAGAAGGAAAAAAAGAAAGGAAGCAAUCUAAUGAGCUGAUUUUUUAAAGUCUUAUCAUAUAGUUCAGAGUGUGUCACUGAAGCAUGUACCUAUGUGCCCUUAGGCUUAUUUAAGUAUUUCUAUGUUUUGCAUAUUUUUCAUUGUACUGCUGUCUUAAGUUCUUCUUUAGUUGGAAUUGUCUUCAUACACAUUUGUAUGAACCUCAUGAAUUGUUUUUGUUUUUACCUCAGCAAUUGGUAUUUAAAGAAGGCUAUUUUAGAAUGCAGGAAUCCCAAAUGACAUAAUAAUAGUGAAUGAAGGAAGAUCAUUGAAUACCUUUUCCCCCCACAUAGUUCCUAAACAUUUAUAUGAAUACUUACUUAAAUAUAUAUACUCAUAAUCGUUAUGGCCGAGAAUAAUAAUGAUAAAUAUUAUGGUAUGCUGAUCUAUGCUGGUUUGUGAAAUUUAAUUAAUUUAAUUACGCACCAGUUUUUUGUAUUGAUAUUAUUGCUACCCCCUUGAACACCCACCCUCACACAAAAGUAAAAAAAUCUAAAAUGACUUUGGAAUGAACCUAAAAAUGUCUGUACUUCUGUAGGACCAACAUAGAGUGAGAAUUAUGAAGAAAGCUGGAUCCCAGAUAACUUUUUGUGUGUUUAAGGCAUUGUCACAGUUAAUAUCUGGCACCAUCUGUAAUAGUAUAAGGGUGAAAUGAAGCAUUUCAUAAGUGCUACUGAUUGUAUGUAGAAAUGUGAGAAGGACCGUUCCCCUUCAAGGACCUGAUUAGAUCUGAAGCAAUGUAAUAAAGAAGUCAUUUUAAACCAA